CCCGAUCGGGGAAUGAAAUCGCUUUCAUGUAGGCAAAGGGGAGCAACUGGAGACUGCUUGCUUGGGGAGUUGGGUGAUCAGCUGUCACUGGCAGCAGUUUUGCGGUACUUUCUCCUGCGCCACCGACGAGCCAUGCUGACCCCGCCCAAGGCGACUUGCGGCUCAUCUGGCGAUAAUUAGACAACAGAUAUUUGGUUGUGCACAACUCAAUCUCUCCUUAAGGAAAAGUUUUAUAAGCACUGUUUGCACCGCUCCGGCUGCUUCACCUUCCCAGCAACCCAGCCAACCCUCAGGCAUUGCAGCUCGCCCAGCCUCUUCCUCUACGAGAAUGUCUCGCUUCUCUGCCCUCGUCACCAUCGGCCUCCUGGCCACCCAGGGUGCCGGUGCUUCGGUGCACCGCCGCUGGGACAGCCUCGAACCGCUCUACAAGACAGACCCUGGCGCGCCGUCAGACUGCAGCCUGUGGUGGAACACUGACGAUGGGAUGCCCUGUGACCUUGCUCUCACCAUCGCCGGUGCGACCGAGGCAGACUUGACGAGGCUGAACCCGUGGGUGAAGUCUUGCGGGGACUGGGAGCCAACCAGGUCCUACUGCGUCAAGGGGUCCAUUUCGUCUCCGGGGACCGGCUCCGGGACCGACCCUCAACCCACGCCCGGGCCAGCACCUCAGCCUGAGCCCGUGCCAAGCCCGACGCGACCCAGCACCCCCACUGCUUCCCCAACCAAGCCGAGCAAUGGGAUAGAAACCCCUCAACCCAUCCAACCAGGCAUGGUGGACAACUGCAACAAGUUCCAGCUGGUCAAGAAGGGCCAGAACUGCAAUGAGAUUGCCCGCCAGGCUGGCAUCACCCUUGCCCAAUUCGUCCUCUGGAACCCCGAAGUUGGGGGCACCGCCUGCAGUGGGCUCUGGGCAGAUGUAAACGUGUGCGUCGGUGUCGUCGGAACCACCCCGACCACCCCCACCGGCCCAUCCAACGGCAUCGAAACGCCCAAGCCGACCCAAGAUGGCAUGGUGGACAACUGCAACAAGUUCCACCUCGCCGUCGAAGGCGACAACUGCUGGUCCGUAGCCAACAAGUACGGCAUCAGCGAAGCCCAACUGCACCAGUGGAACAAGGGCAUCGGCGGCGUCGCCUGCGCCAACAUGUGGACCGGCUACCACCAAUGCAUAGGGGUGUCUGGCGGCGGCGGCGGCUCGCAGACCCAGCCGCCCCCGGCCAGUAACACGCCGCAGCCGAUCCAGGACGGCAUGGUCGGCAACUGCAACAAGUUCCACCUGGUGGCCGCGGGUGACAACUGCUGGAACCUGGCGAGCAGGUACGGCCUGGGCGAGUCUCAGCUGCAGCAGUGGAACAAGGGCAUCGGCGGCACCGCGUGCAACACCAUGUGGACCGAAUAUCACGUUUGUGUGGGGGUUUCUGGCGACGGCGGCUCGCAGACUCAGCCGCCCCCCGCCAGCAACACGCCGCAGCCGGUGCAGGAUGGCAUGGUUGGCAACUGCAAGCGAUUCCACUUCGUCGAGGGUGGACAGAACUGCGAGGGCAUUUCGCGCACCUACGGGAUUAGUGUUGGGGAUUUUGUGAGGUGGAACCCGGCUGCCGGAUCAGACUGUCGUGGCUUAUGGGCUAGGACAUACGCCUGUGUUGGUGUUUGA